UAACUGAACUGAACAGAACUGAAUAAAAAAAAUAAAUAAAUAAAAUUAAAAUUGAGAAUCACUCGACGGUCAUGACCCUGUCUUUGGGGAAACAAUGCUGUGAGCUAUAGUUCUAUAGUUUCUGCUCAGAACAGUGAGUCACAAACAUAUACAGCCCACUCUAGUGUGUACUCAGCAUCCCACCAGAGCACAUGAACACACACAAGGUCAGGACAAUGAGAGAAAACUCCCUGCACUGGUACAUCAAAGCAGAGUACUUUUCCUCCAUCUGCGCUUGUAGAGGAAAAGAGUCCAAUUUCCACAGGUUACACAAUCACGCAGUACACCGGUUCAGUAGUAGAGCAGGCCCCCAAUUACACACAACAAACACACACUCACACACACUGUCUGAUUAUCCAUUGGCUCCACCUGUCUCCUGCUGUGGACUGGGACCUGCUUCAUGACCUCUUUUCCUGCUCAAUAUCUCCAUGAAUUAUGAAAUACAGCAUGGAAACUGCACAAUGUUAUUUUUUACUUCUUCACUGACAAGUUGUGUACUACAUUUGUGAAUUUGCAUCCUCGGCUAAAACGUCCAAAAAGGUGGAAAUAAUGGAAUACGCAUUCAACUCUACAAAUGUCACUCACUUUGUUUAUGGAGUUUCAGCUAACGUUGUUGCAGUGCUGUUGUAUGGAACCAACUAUGUCCCUGUGAAGAGAAUAGAAAUGGGAGACGGGAUGUUUUUUCAUUGGGUUUCUUGCUCUGCCAUAUGGCUAGUCUCUUUGAUUGGAGAUUUGAUGCUUCAGUCGCCAAAGUUCUACCCGCUGGCGAUGCUUGGAGGAGUCAUCUGGGCCACAGGCAACAUAGCAGCAGUUUCCAUUUUGAAAACUGUAGGUUUUGGCCUUGGGAUCAUUAUUUGGGGAACCUCCAGUCUGCUGAUGGCCUGGGCCAGUUCAAGGUUUGGCUGGUUCGGCAUUGCUGCUUCACCAGUGUCAAGGCCUGUGCUGAAUUACAGCGGUGCUGGAAUGUGUCUGCUCAGUGUGCUGAUCUUGUUCUUUGUGAAAACCGACGCACAGCUGCAUCCUCCACCUGAAUCUACCCCCCUGCUGUUCGACAGGAGAACAAACUCUGGCAGCUUUGGCCCUCCCUGCCCAGAGUUCUGGAUGGACUCUAUCGGCCCAAAGAGCAGACGCUUCAUCGGCUGCCUGCUCGCAGUGUUAUCAGGCCUGCUGUAUGGAUCUUCACUGGUCCCCAUCCUCUACAUUAAGAGCCAUUCAUCUUGUCAUGACAGCAUAUUCCAUGGAGCCAGUGUGUACGAUCUAGACUAUAUUUAUGCUCAGUGUUCUGGUAUCUUCCUGGCAAGUACAGUAUACUUUGCCAUCUACUGCGCUGCCCGAAGUAACCGGCCCAGAGUGUACUCCAGAGCGAUUCUCCCAGGCCAUACAGGUGUCAAGACUGAGCAUCUCUUCUGUCUGUGUGUCUGGCUGUUUCAUGGACAGGAUAAGUACCGCUGUCACAUCCCAGGUGUACUUUGUGUGCUCUGCAGGUCUAUUGUCCGGCCUCAUGUGGACAUUAGCCACAUACAGCUGGUCCCUGGCCAAUCACUACCUGAGCCCAGCCAAUACCUUCCCCAUUGUCAACACUAUCGUCUCCUCUGUUCACAGGGAUAUGGUCUGGUGGCUGCUCUCUGGGGAUCGCUCGUGUUCAAGGAGAUUAAGGACUUUGCCAACUGCCUCACCUUCUGUUUUGGAGCGUCUCUUUUAACUGCAGGAUCUUUGCUUACUACUUUGUCAAACCUCUAAUCUUAAAUAAAGCAUUCAGACAUUUGG